AACUUGGAGUAACAAUCAAAACAGACUUAACUAACUGCUAACCACUUCUAACCACCAAACUAACUUCCACAUGUCUCUACAGGAGUGUGAUUUCUUUAAAUUUUAUUUUUUAAUUUUACACCUACCAUUAAAUAAAUUGAAUUGAAAAUGAAUACAGUCAAUUUUGAUAAAUAAAAACAAGAACAACGUUCUAGGACGGAAGUAUUAAUUUUUCAUUACUCAUUCACAAAGAUUUUUUAAUUAAGCCCGUCACCCACUCACCCCUAGACCUGCCCUUCUCUCACUCUUUUUUUCUUUAGCACCGAAUCCGCCGCCGCUGCUCGGAGAAUAAGAACCAGAGUUCAACCGCUUUUUUCCGAUCUGCUCCGUUCCAUAUUGCGUCGUGCAGCGGUGCAGCCCAGCCAAAGCCAGAAGGAAGUCGCCCACCUACACGCUCCACUGCUGCAGAGUCUAGCCGCUGCCCUCCAGACGCCGCCUCGCCGGAAACUCUCCAUCCUCCAGGUCCAAGUCCAGGUACGGAGACACAGACAUGACAAAGAGAGAGAAGUCCGUAAAUGUAUCUGGGAAGCCCAAGCAUUCCCUCGAUGUGAAUAGAGAUGGCAGUGGAACUAAGGGUGGCCGUAGCGCCGGCACUGUACGGCGGCUAAAGAUGUACAACAAUAGGCCUAAGCGUGAUCGGAAGGGAAAAGUGUUAAAGCACGAAUUCCAAUCCAAGGAUCUGCCUUCCACUCGGAUUCAACCAGAUCCCCGAUGGUUCGGCAAUACACGAGUAGUAGAUCAGAAAAAGCUGGAAUUCUUCCGUGAAGAGUUGCAAAACCGGAUGUCUAGUAGCUACAAUGUAAUCUUGAAGGAUAGGAAAUUGCCAUUGUCCCUUUUAAAUGAUCAUCAGAAGCAAGCAAGAGUUCAUCUGCUUGACACCGAGCCUUUCGCUGAUGUGUUUGGACCUAAAGGGAAAAGGAAACGCCCAAAGCUUAUGGCAUUAGAUUAUGAAUCACUAUUAAAGAAGGCAGAUAUUUCUCAAGAUUCAUUUGAAGAGAAGCACAGUGGAAGUGGUCACGUGGAAGGAAAUGAAGAUGGGGUUAGAGAUGCUGUACGACAUACCAUGUUUGAAAAGGGUCAAAGUAAACGCAUAUGGGGCGAGCUCUACAAAGUCAUAGACUCUUCUGAUAUUGUUGUUCAGGUAUUAGAUGCCAGAGACCCACAAGGUACAAGAUGUUACCAUCUUGAGAAACAUUUGAAAGAGAACUGCAAGCAUAAGCACAUGAUUCUUCUCCUGAACAAGUGUGAUUUAGUUCCGGCUUGGGCAAUUAGUGGCUGGCUAAGGGUUUUGUCCAAGGAAUAUCCCACCAUAGCAUUCCAUGCGAGCGUCACCAAAUCCUUUGGCAAGGGCCCUCUGUUGUCAGUAUUGAGACAGUUUGCUCGGUUGAAGAGUGACAAGCAGGCAGUAUCUGUGGGCUUUGUUGGUUAUCCUAAUGUUGGGAAAUCGUCAGUUAUUAACACAUUGCGAUCAAAGAAUGUUUGCAAGGUGGCUCCUAUCCCUGGAGAGACCAAAGUCUGGCAAUACAUAACUCUUACAAAACGGAUCUUCCUGAUUGACUGCCCUGGUGUUGUUUAUCAAAGUAAAGAUUCUGAAACAGAUAUUGUCUUGAAGGGUGUGGUACGUGUGACAAACCUGCAAGAUGCUUCUGAGCAUAUUGGUGAAGUGCUGACCCGUGUGAAGAAGGAGCAUCUUGAAAGAGCAUAUAAGAUAAAGGAAUGGAAAGAUGAAAGUGACUUUCUUCUUCAGCUAUGCCAUGCAACAGGCAAACUCUUGAAGGGAGGAGAACCCGAUGUAAUGACUGCUGCAAAGAUGAUACUCCAUGACUGGCAGAGAGGAAAGAUACCCUUCUUUGUGGCACCCCCCAAAACAGAAAAAGCCGCAACAGAAGAGCAAAAGGACGGCGGCGAAGGAGAGGAAGAGGAGGCUAGAAGAGCAAUUGCGGACGCACUGUUAUCAUCUCAGCAGCUAACAGACAUUCCUGUUCAGACAGGCUUGUACAGCGAGAGUGAGUUGCGUGGUGACAGUAGCCCCAAGCUCCCUGAGAACGAAUGAUUUGCCCUCAUCAAAUUUUGUUGAUGAAGUUUUGGAAUUCCAUUAUGUCGUCGUCUAUCUGCGAAUCUUAUUUAUUUUUCUAUCCACCAGAUAUUCGGUUGUUUUUUUUGAACUUAGUGCAUGUAACAACAACCAGAUGUGGUGUAAUACCCCGAGUAUUAGAACACGUAUUAGUCGCCUCCGAGAUGAGGUGGAAUUCGCUAUCGAGUGCAGUUAUUUGUUAUUCUAUCGAUGAAUGCUAUUGACACCAUUGAGUUAGUACUUCAAAUUU